CUGACUUAUACACUCUCAGUCUUAACUCUUUCACAAUCAGAGAUGAUGACAAAGGUGUGGAUCUGCGUCCUGGUGGAGUUAUUCUCCAUGCUGGAUACAAUAGAUGGAUAUUAUCAUGAGAGGCGAGGUCGGUGCAUUUACAGCUCCAGAGAUUUAAGUGAUAUGGUUUACAUCGAUUCAUUGAUUUUCAAUAAGGUUGAGUACGUAUGGUUUAACAGUACAGUCACCAAGUUUCAGGGCUACACUCAGUAUGGCAUUCAUAACGCCGAGAGAUUUAACAAUAACACAUCAUCUUUACAAGGAGAGCGAGAUGAUGUAGAUAACUUCUGUAAACGCAAUGCGCAGAUCAGCUACAUUACUAUACUUGAUAAAUCAGUUGAGCCGGAGGUCAUGGUGAAGUCAGUGAAGCAGUCAGAUGGAUCACAUCCUGCUAUGUUGAUGUGCAGCGCUUACAACUUCUACCCAAAGCUCAUUAAAAUGACUUGGUUGCGAAACGGGAGAGACGUUCAUGGAGGUGUGACGUCCACAGAGGAGAUGGCUGAUGGAGACUGGUACUAUCAGGUCCACUCACAUCUGGAGUAUAAACCUGAAUCUGGAGAGGAGAUCUCCUGUGUGGUGGAACACGCCAGCUUCAAACAGCCCAUGAGCUUUAAGUGGAACCCCUCUGCUCAUGCAUCUGAUAAGAGUAAGAUCGCUAUCGGGGCUUCAGGUCUGGUGUUGGGGAUCGUGCUCUCAGCUGCUGGGUUCAUCUACUACAGGAAGAAAUCAUCAGGACCUUACUGAAGUGAAGAUCAGAGUUUAAUUUUCAUAACAGCACCUUAGUGAUAUUUUAGUUUUACAUCAUCAAAUUAAAUUACUGUAUGUCUUCAACCUUCUAAUAGCUCCUAUAAUUAAUCAUGUAAUAAUUAAACUUGACUAAACAAUGACCUACUUUUUUUAGUAGUACAUUAAAAGUUGUUUUUUUUAUAAUUGGUGGGUAGUUUGUGAAUAAAACGCUAUACAUUCAAAUUCAAACUAAGAUUCAAUUUGAUUUGUAUAUCGCUUUUAACAAUGGAUGUUGUCACAAAGUAGCUUUACAGGAAUAAAAAUUUUAGAUAUAAAAUUAAGAAAAUGUUUAUACCUGCAUAAGUAUUCUUGUCUUUUUUGGACAUUUUAUGUACAUUCACUUAUUUUUUCUUCAUUCUUUUUUCAUUUAGGGUUUUUAUGAUAAUAAAAAUACAUUGAUAAUUU